GCUUCAAGGAUCCAGAGUGAGUGGAAGCCGCAGUGUGGGAGCAACUGUUUGGGAUUCUUUACGCAGACUCUGUUUGGGAAAGCUUAACCUCGACGGGAAGAACCUUGCAGACGAACUACACCGGGACACUUGGACACGUAUAAAAAAAGGAUUUAGCAUUUUUGCUCUUUCUUGAAUGCGCGCGAGUGAAAGCUUUGGGAAUAAACAGCACAGCUGAGUGUUUUCGGCGUCCUGGAGGAGCUCUCGCCUGAGCCGAGCAGCUAACAAGGUCUCGCUGUGGAUUUUCGCGACUCAAAUGUCUUGCAGGAUACGGACGCUUGAGAGAGAUUCACGAUCUUGUGUGCUGUGACGGUGUCAGAGUCUGAAGUUGUGUUGAGGAGGAGUGGUUGAGGAGAUCAAUGCCAGGAAUCAGUGCGAACGCUCUGCCGUGUGACAGGUGGGAGAUGGAGGAAUGUGACCAGUACCAACAUUAUUUCUACGAUGACCAUAACCUGGACGAGGAUUUCUUCAAGUCCACCGCGCCGAGCGAGGACAUUUGGAAGAAAUUCGAGCUGGUGCCAACCCCGCCCAUGUCACCCAUCAGGACAGUGGAGGAGGGUGCAGUGUAUCCAUCGCUAGGGGACAAGCUGGAGUGGGUGUCCCAGUUCUUGGGCCAGGACGAAGAGCACGAGGGACAAUGCAAAGUCAGUGCAGAGAAGACUUUUGGUAACCUGAGCUCCAUCAUUAUCCAGGACUGCAUGUGGAGCGGCUUUUCCGCCAGCCAGCGGCUAGAGAAAGUGGUCAGUGAGCGCUUAUCUUGCUCGGGACAGUCCAAGCUGCCCUUUGCCCUCCAGACUAACUCUACGCAACCCAGCAAGUCGCAGGGUGUCCCUGCAGAUGCCACGCCUGUUCUCAACAGCUUGGCGGCGGAUUGUGUGGAUCCAGCGGCUGUCCUGACUUUUCCCUUGAGCAGCAGCUGCAAGAAACAGGUGUCGUCCGGGUCAGAGUCACGCACAGACUCCUCUGAUGAUGAAGAGAUCGAUGUGGUGACGGUGGAGCAUAAGCACAACAAGCCACGGCUGGUGAGCUCCCGUAAGCCGGUCACAAUCACCGUGCGUGCUGACCCCUACGACCCUGGUAUGAAGCGAUUUCACAUCUCCAUCCACCAACAGCAGCACAACUAUGCAGCCCCCUCCCCUGACAGUUAUGCUGACGCAGAGCCUCCUCGCAAGAGGGUCCGGCAGGAGACCUGUCAACCACGGACAGGCUCCACAACCCACAUGCUUGAGAGCAAACCCCACUUACCUGUUGCUGCCAUCUCCAUGCCAGCACAGGCCAUGGCCACUUCCCCACCCCACACUUCAUCCCACCACAGCCUCAAAUCUCAGCCCUCUAGCCCUCAAAGCUCAGAUAGCGAAGACCUGGACAGACGCAAGAACCACAACUUCCUGGAGCGAAAGAGACGCAACGACCUGCGCUCUCGCUUUCUGGCCCUGAGAGAUGAGAUUCCAAGCCUGGUGGACUGUCCAAAGACGCCCAAGGUGGUGAUCCUGACCAAAGCGACAGAGUACUUGCGUGUACUGCAAAUCUCUGAUAAGCAAAAGGCCCAGGAAAAGAAACAGCUGAAGAACAGGCAACAGCAGUUACUUCGGAGGCUAGCAGAACUAAAACGCUCCUAAAAAAGAGGGGAAAAAAGGCCCAACUUUGACACAGCCAGUCCAGUUACAAGAACUGCUCACAAAAAUGGAAAUAUUUAAAAGCAAGGACACCUGUACUUUAUUUUGUAAUAUUAUUCUAAAUAUUAUUUUUUAUGUUCUUUGCACAUUUGAUUCUGGAGUUGGAGAGAUGGAUACUUUCAGACUUGUUAGGUGGCUCUUUCUCCUGGUUUGUUAUGGAUUACAUAAACUUCACUCUUUCCCAAAGAAAGCCCUGCUGUGUGUUUGUAUCUUAUAUAAAAGAACUGAAUUGAAAAGAUUGAAGAUAAUAACCCCAAAUUGCUCUGGCAUAUUAAAUCAAUCCUAGCUGAGGAUAUUUUGUAAUAUUGAGUUAGCAUGCCAUUUAGGCAUUGUUUGAAAUGUAGCAUUUAGCCUGUAUGCAUGUUUAACUACCCUUAUAAAACGUUUUUCGUGUGAUGGAAUCUGAAAAAAGAAAUGAUUUCAUAAUCUUGGUGAAACCCGAAAUGUGUAAUUUGAAUGCCCUGCUGUGCCGUUACUAACAUUUCAGAAUUACUUAAACAAUUUUCAAAGUGAAGUUCGUGUGCCCAUCGCAAUAUUCUGCCAGGAUUGAACAGGCAGUUUAGCGGGCAGAAAGCUGCAUUGCCCUUGGCUGUCUGUCUAUAAAGUUCACAUACUUGUUUUCUCAGUAAAUAUUUUAUUGAUGCACAUUUGAGUCAAUGCCUUACACAGCCUUGCAGUGUAUAUAAACUGUGACAUUUGUACAUAAUAGCUCUGCUGUAGAUCCAUGUGUAAAAUAUAUAUGCUUUUUGUUUUAAUACCAAAAUCAAUGCUGUUGAUUUUGAUUAAUUUUUUUUUUUUUUUCUCGUCCCUUAUUUCCCUCAUGUCCUAAACUUGGUUGGCCCACUUGGCUUACUCCUAUGAGAAUAUCAAAGCUUCUAUUUUUGUUAAGAAAGGUAAAAAGGUAAAAAAAAUAAAAUAAAAUGACACUAUCAAACUUUACUUUUUAUCACUAGCCACUUUGAUGCUGUUUUCACUGCCUACUCAUUUCAUCUUGUGGAAUAUUUUUUUUUUUUUGUUUGUUUUUUUUUUUUGGGGGGUGUGUAAAAUCUUAAAGUAGGUUAGUAAGUCAUAAAUGUUAAAGAUACUUUUGUACUCUAUUUUCCUACAGAUUUCAGUAUUUGUGUUUUUGUAAUAUUAGUCAUUUUCUGUUCCCCCUUUUUUCUUUUGUUUUAAUUCACUGUUGGUGGCAUAUUGCAUUAUCCUUACAUUUGCAACGUCAUUUGGAUCAAACAGUUAGCAUGGCAUGUUUACUUCACACGCUGUAACUGUUCCCAUGCAUCAGAAUAUCUUCUACCAUGGGUGUUCCUCACAUCCUGUGGUAGGUGCACCCGGUUAUUUUCAAGCGUUAAAGAAGCCUUAGGACUUACACCCGUCACAAGCCUUAAUUUGAAAGCCAAUUUACAUUUCUUUAACAGGCAUAUGCCCCCUGCCCCCAAUGAAGAUUGUUCCUAGUCUUGGAUGUAUAGCUUAAAGUGCGAUUGUCCAAGAAUGUUUACUGUAGGAAUAGGCUUAAACUGUGUCUGGCAAAAAAGCAGCCCAGGGAAAGAUUAUGGUUGCUCAUCACUCAGCACACUGUUUUCUCAGCUAUACUCCACUACACUCCAUUGGACCCAACGUUGUUUUCUUAACUGCUGUGAUCUGCAUAUGCCACCAACAGUGUGCGGUUUUGUCUGUGUAUCUUUGUUUCCUUGGACUUUCAGUGUUUGCCUGAUUUCUGUUACUUUUUUUUCCCGUUUUCCUUCCCUUAUUUUCAUCUUUUUUCAUGCUUCUUUUGCCCUCUCCUGGUGGCCUUUUGUGGGCAUACUGUGGGAGCAUGGCAGCGGCAUUAAGCACUUUGUGUUCAGUACCUCAUGAGCCUAUAGAAGUCAGACAAUUAAUAAACUCAAAUCAAAUCA